AUGGAAAUUUACGACAACGUCAUCGCGGCCUUCAAGGGCGCCGACGACGGAAACAUCAUUGACCGAACCCUGAUCAGCUCCCCAGAUAAACGCCGCAUAUCAGGAGGGUUCUUUGCGGGGACCUACAUAGAGAUGGUGGAUUGCGACCGACCACCUAAGCUUAAUACUCCGGAUGACGCUGCUCUGACUUCCACCUGUGAUCUCAAGCCAGAAUCCACUGAAAUAUAA